CCAUGCACUUCGCCUCGGUGCCACUUCUCCACCGAGCCCGUCAUCGACCUCUCCUACAAAUGCGGCCAGUGCCGCCCUGCUUGGAAUUGGAGGCAAGCUUUGUAGCUGUAGCUUUGUGUGGCCAGUGGUAGCAGGCAAGCAGCGCGCCUCGAAGCAUCGAUCGUCUCGUCCGUCCACCACCAUGCCGGGCCUUACCAUCGGCGACACCGUCCCCAACCUGGAGCUGGACUCCACCCAUGGCCGAAUCCGCAUCCACGACUUCAUCGGCGACGGCUACGUCAUCAUCUUCUCCCAUCCCGCUGACUUCACCCCGGUGUGCACGACGGAGAUGGCGGCGAUGGCGGGGUACGCGCAGGAGUUCAAGAAGCGUGGCGUGAAGCUGCUGGGCAUCUCCUGCGACGACGUGGCGUCCCACAAGGAGUGGAUCAAGGACAUCGAGGCCUACAAGCCGGGGACGAACCUGACGUACCCGAUCCUGGCGGACCCUGACCGGUCGGCGAUCAAGCAGCUCAACAUGGUGGACCCGGACGAGAAGGACGCGCAGGGGGUGAACCUCCCUUCCCGCACGCUCCACAUCGUCGGGCCCGACCGGACGGUGAAGCUGAGCUUCCUGUACCCGGCGUGCACGGGGCGGAACAUGGACGAGGUGCUCCGGGCAGUGGACUCGCUGCUCACGGCGGCAAGGCACAAGGGGAAGGUGGCCACACCCGCCAACUGGAAGCCCGGCGACCGCGUCGUCAUCGGGCCCAGCGUCUCCGACGAGGAGGCCAGGAAGCUGUUCCCCGACGGGUUCGAGACCGCAGACCUGCCAUCCAAGAAGGGGUACCUCCGCUUCACCAAGGUCUAGGCGACAAGGCCCGUCGCCGCCGUCCAGCAGGACGGACGGACGGUGCUGCGCGCAGUUUAGGCUGGUUCGGUGGCCGUCUCUUGCUCGGCCGGCGUCUCUUGCCGUCUUUUGUGUGAUCUGCUGGUGUCUCCGAGCUAUACUACUCUACUCUACUAGUGUACUUGCUGGCGCUCUGUAUCACUGUAUGUAUGCCAGUGUCAUGAUGCCACCCCCGAGCAGAGGUGGCGUCAGUAGUAGUACCUGGACUUGAUGUAAUGUAACGUGUCGUGCCUUUGGAAUUCUGUGUUCCACCCGGCA